AUGUAUUUCGCUGAUAGUUUUGAUGAGGAUCAUUAUGACGCUGAAUUUAAUGAAGAAGAAGCUAGCACAGAACCAGAUAUGUACAUUUUUUCAUUUGCUGUUGGAUUUCGUUGGAAUCAAAAAAUAGAUCAAAAUGAAGAAAAAAAACAUGCCAUCCGAAUUUCCUUCACAAAUGGAAACUUCCCAACUUUAAAUGUUGAGAAUGAUAAAACAGAUAUUUAUAAGUAUUCCCCAGAACAAGUAAGUUUUAAUCUCAAUACUCAAAGCUUGAUUGCCAAUAAGGAAUAUAAACUACUUCAAAACAAAGGAUCAACAUUUGAUUGGACAGUGCUUAGAACAUUUACUUUUGAUAGUAACCAAAACAUUCCUGUAGAAUUACGCAUUACGGAGCCAGGAAAUCAUAAUUUCAAAUAUCAAGUUGUAAUGAGUGACAAAUUAUUUUUUGGAACAAAUAUUAUUAAUGUUCAUAUUAACACGGUAACAAAGCCAACAUUCGAUUUAGUUUUAUCAAAAAAUGCAAUUGAUCAAGGUGAAAAUUUAGCAUUUAAUAUUAAAAUUAAUGGUCAAAGCAAUAGUUAUCUAGUGAUAUUUAGUAUACUUGGUGGAGAUUCAUUUGAGAAAAAAUUCACUGCUAAUACUUUGACUCAAGAUUCAUUAGAAACUUCAAAUUAUGAUCCUGAUACUUAUCACUUUAAUAUUGAAAUUGUUGAUGAAGAUAAAAAUUAUGAACCUAUUCAAUCAGACUAUUACGAAUUCACGGUUUCAAGCAUAUCAAUGUUUGAAUUAGAAAAUGUUCAAAUUUCAAAUGUUAUGGUUAAAAAGAGUAAAUUUACUGUUAGUGGUACAUAUAAAAUUUCUCCAGCAAAUGAUUUUCAAAUUAAAGUUCAAUUUGAAAAUGAAAUACCGAUGACCUAUUCAAUAGUUAAUCCAAAAACUCAGGAUAAUUUUGAGUUUACACUUGAUGUCCCUGAGAAAGAUGCAAAUAAAUAUGAUGUUCACAUUUAUGGUUAUAACCCAUCUACAAUGCAAUCUACUGUAAAAGUUGAUAAAAGAGUUUCGAUUACAGAAACACCUGAAAUUGUCUUAGAUGAGGUUCCAGAAGUCAAAAUUUUCCAACAUGAAGAAAGUUUUACAAUUAAAUAUCAUGUUGUAGAUGAUACAACAGGCAAUAUAUCAUAUAAUUUAUUUGAUUCAGAAUCGCCUUUGGAAGAGUAUAAUCAAUCAUCAAAAUCAUUCGAAAAAAUAAUUAAAAUUCCAUCAAAUAAAGAUGCAGGACCAUACCAAAUUUUAUUUACUGUAACUGAUGAAUUUGGUGUUCCAAGCACAAUGAAAUUUGAAUUCACAAUUAAAAAUCCUCCAAAAAUCGAAUCUGUUGCACUCGAUAAUGAUUUGGUUCCAGCGCGCGGCACAAUGACAGCAACAGUCGAUUUUACUAAUAAGGAUCUCGGAAGAGAUUUAUUUAUCAUAGCAUAUAUAGAUAAUGAAGUCGAUAGUAUGGGAGCAGUUUUUUCUGCUGGUGACAGCGAGUCAGAUAUUGUGACUAUAAGAUCUGGUAGAUAUGUCGGAAGGAAAACAUUAACAGUUUUUGUCAGUGAAUAUGAUUAUGAUACAUUUAAAAAUAUCGAACUUGAUAAUAUUGAUUCUUAUUUACCCAAAUAUUCAAAUUCGAACAAAGUCAAUAAGACUAUAAUUUUUACAGAUAAACCUGAAUUAAGUUUUAAUCCUCCUUCAAAUCGAAUUUAUAGUACAACCGAAAAAAUCCCAUUAUAUUUAGUAAUCACGGAUAAUACAAGAGGUAACAUUUCAUAUUCCAUAGAUAAUGACUCAAAUCUUGGAUAUACUCAAGAUUUAACAGAAUAUGUUAAUGAUGGUAAUGAAAAGAAAAUAGGAAAACCCGUUGAAUUACCAAUUCCUUCAACUUUAACAUAUGGAAAAGAAUAUACAAUGAAAAUUAAAAUUAUUGAUGAAUUCAAUCUAGAAUCUGCGGAAAAGAAUUUUACAUUUAGCAUUAAGCAUGUUCCUUCUAUUGAUGAAUCCAAUUCCAUAGUUCCAUCAAAAAUGGAAAGAAACAAAGAGAUUGAAUUGAAAAUAGUUAUUAAUGACAAAGACAUUGGCAAGAAUUUAUACGUUUAUUAUUGCUUCAAUGAUGAAACCUAUCAAAAAUUUGGUGAAACUUCUUCUAAAGGUAUAAAUAAACCAGUUUCAGUAGUAAAAAAGAUCAAGAUUUCUGUAAAUGCCGGAGAAAAUCAAAUCAUAUCAUUUUAUGUAAUAGAUAAUGAAAAAGAGAUUGAAUCAGGAAAUGCUAAAUCAAAAGUAUUUACAAAACCCGUAACAAUUACUCCAAAUGGUCCAGAAAUAGUUGAAUAUUCAUUACCACAAAAAUCAUUUAAUGAUAAAGACUCAAUUUCUGUGACACUUAAAAUCAAAGGUGAAUUAGACGGAGAUGCUCAUUUUGAAUUAAAUGGUACUGAAAUAUAUACUGCACCUUUUACAUUAAGUGAUUUGAAUCCAACUUUCACAUUUCCUAUCAAAACAUAUUCUUAUGGAAAUAAGGAACUAGUUUUUUAUCUAACAUAUGGUGAAAAUCAAAGAUCAGGAUAUCAGAAUUCUUAUAUACGAAAAAAAGAGAUCUGA